AUGGCUUCAGGAAAUGCAGGCUCACAAGCUGCAAACGACAUAAAGCAGCUGCAUGGCAGAAGGACGGGAUGCUUGGUGCUGCUCUUUCUGUGCUUCUCCUAUUCUCUGGUGGCUGGCUGUGGGACCCAGAUCAGCUUGGCUCCCUCUAGCACAGCGCAGGAGUUUGUUGCUGUAGGUGAGUUCCCUUGGGUAGUGUCACUGCAGGACCUACAACACAAACAUUUGGCCUUUGGCUGCAUCUUGAGCGAGUAUUGGAUACUGAGCGCUGCAUCCAGGCUUCAGAACAGGCACCCAGCUUUAGCCAUGGUUGGUAUGACUGAUCUGAAUAUGCAACAGAAGGUCCAGCUCCACUAUUCAAUCAAGACCAUAAUCCCCUAUGAGGACUUUGAUGAAAUCACCCGGUACAACAACAUUGCCCUUCUGAAGACAGCCACCCCGGUACAGUUCAGUGACACAGUUCAGCCCAUCUGCUUCCCAGGCAGGAACCUCACUGCAUCAGCCCUGGAGAACUGCUGGGUGUCAGGAUGGCUCCACGCCAAGCAGGCAGGAAACAGGGCUGCAGUAAGCUUUCUGAGAAAACUGUCAGUCCUGGAUGUGGAUCCUUGCCCCUUAAAGAGAAUCAUCACAACAGAGUGUUGCAGCCACAGAGAGUCUGACAACGUGACUGGAUGCCUGGGAGACUCGGGAAACCCAGUCAUGUGCCAGCCUAAGGGGACCAAAAGAUGGGUUCUCAGUGGAGUGCUCAGUGAGGGCGGCAUGAGAUGCUAUGGACCAUUUCUGUACACCAAACUGUCCUACUACAGUGACUGGAUUUCAGCCACAACAAAGAAAGCAGGAACCGCAAUGUAUCACACUUUUGCCAGAGGCCAUGCUGCUUCCCCAGCUCCCACAGAGUAUUUGCAAGGGUCCAACUAUAGCCAAGGAAAGCAGCAACAGAAAGGCAGCAAGUCCUCCCAGGUUGGAUUAGACAGGUCCAAAAGCAAGUCUGCUCCUUUGUACUAUGACUAUUACAGUGGGGAAGUGCUCCCCAUUCCUGAUGGGAGCUGCUAUCUGCCUUAUCCCACCCAGGACACCAUUGCCAUUUUCCUUCUGCUUUGCCUUCUGUUUUAUUAGACAAGAGAUCAAACUACAAAAGCAGCCCCCCUAGGGCCAGUACUCAGGGAACACUCUUACCCACAUCUGCUACUGCUGAGAGUACCUAUGUAGCAUCAUCCAUGUGCAUCAAUGACCUGUCCUCACAGCAAUGCCCCAGGUAUCUGUCUGUCACUCCACCUUGGGAACUCACUGAAGGCUAUAUUAAACUUUUAAAUUCUCCCAAGAAAUCUUCCUGAUUCCUUUUUUUUGCAUUAAAUGAUCACAAGGCUCAACCCAGAGAGGGCAGUUCAUGUAAACAUGUCAGAUAUGAUCAUCAGAGAAUAACUGGUCAUCAAGAUAGCUGACAGGAAAGGAAAUAUGAAGAGCAAAGCUGAUUCAGAACUUUGAAGGCAUUUGUACACAUGCUUGCACCGGGUACUUUUAAAAGCACCCAGCACCGCAGUGCAUA